CUCCACACUUCCUGCUUUGUUUGAGAGGGAGCGAAUUGACGGACUGAAUAGGCUAGCUGUGGAGUUUAGAACAUACGAAUAUGGGCUGGGAAGUUUAGAACAUACUAAGAAUGUGCAUGUUUUGAGUGAUUGUGAUUCACUCCCAGUCAGUGACAACAGACAGGAUAAGGAUAAGCAGUCAGGUCAAGUUAGGUUGUUAAAUUACUGUGCAAGUUAGCACUUAGCAAGUUCUGGUCACUACAGGAUCCUGUUUUGAAACUGGAUGUAAAGGCGUCGGCCAGAGCAGGGCACCUGACUCACGCCCAGGAGGCAUCCCGGUUCCAAAACAAAUGCAAUCGCUUUUCACCCGGUGCAAACACCUCCCACCGGGGCCAGAUUUGAAACCCAUCACUGAAUCGCCUGCUUGAGUUGCCUGGCAGGCUUUGCACUCUACCAAUCAGAGUUGACAGGGUGUAAAAAGGAGGAGGAGCUGCAUGAUUGUCAAGCAUGGAUGUUGCUGUUGCAGAGGAACCCCUGAGGAAAAUCUUCAGAGCAAAAAAGACUAUGAAAGUCAGCGAUCGACGGCAACUGGAAUCCCUUCACACCACUCUUUCCUCUCCAUGCUCUUUCCCAUCCCCACCUCAGCCAUCAAUGCCACAUCCCUAACCACUGAGACCUCUGAGGAACCAACAGCCUCUGAAUUACUGGUUUCUUCAUCACAGAACAUACACUCUGAUGUAAAAGAUGUUCAGGAAGAAGGAGAGGGGGACAAGGAGUCUACAUUACCCAGCCUCGAGGUAGAAGACAAAAUGAAGGGGGAUAGAAAUUCCAAGGAGGAUGUUAUUGUUUCCUCUCCAGUGAGUUCAGAGAAAACAGAAGCAGUAAGAGAGAGACAGGUUGAUGGUAUGGAAAUGGACCUGGUACCAGGUACCACUCAGGACACAGUGCCCAUAUUGAACCCUGCCGCCUCCCUCCUCCUGUCUUCCAACACGGCUGUAGAGUCUGUCUCUUCCCCUUCGCUCUCCCCAUCAUACACGGCAGAGUCAGACCAGGAGGUCAGGCCAGGGUUCCUGGUGCUUAGUGAAGAUGAUGAUGAUGUCCAGGAUGAGAGUGAUGAGGAACAGAGGGAACGUGAAGGAGGAGUAGAAAAACUUGAGGUUAACAUGAAGAAGCCAGAACAAAUUGUAAGUGGUGCUCCAGUUGACUCUCCGUCCCCUUCAUCACCAACGCCCCUUCAGAUUGAUGAAGAAGAGGAGGGUGCUGCUCUACAGAAGAAACGAUCCUUGUCUGGAGACUCAGAGGAUGGUGGUGAAAAACAGGGAGAAAGAGACUUGGAAGUGGUGGAGAGGCAUAACAAGAGGCCCAGAGUAGACUGUGAAGAGCUGGAGGCUCAUGUGGAGCUGAAGAUCAGUGGGAGCGCUGAAAGGCAACACAAGCUAAAGAAGGUGGUGCAGCAGCUUGUUGAGGAGCAGUUGUGUGUUCUGCAGCUCACACUAUUUGACAAGAGUCUUCAGGGGCUCAGAGACAGACUGGACAAAAUAGAAAAACACCCGAGUGCACUCAAGAGCCUGCAGGCAAAGAUUGGCCGACUUUCUAAGAAAGUUGGAACUGCCAUCCAGGCCAGGGAGAAUGCCAAGAAACCUCCAGAGGUACUGUUGCCACCUACCUCUACUCAUGCCACAGCAACCACCCCAGCAGAAUCAGCAAUUCUCGGCCUGAGAACAAUGGGGAACAACACAUCGGAUCCAAAGCGUAAUGAUCAGAGCAGUCAAACCCCUACUCCUGUACGUAAUGAUCAGGGCAGUCAAACCCCUACUCCUGUACGUAAUGAUCAGGGCAGUCAAACCCCUACUCCUCUACGUAAUGAUCAGGGCAGUCAAACCCCUACUCCUGUACCCACAGCCUCCUUGCUACCUUCCCCCUCUUCCACAGCCUCAGCCGGAUCUCAACCCACAUCCCAAACCUUGAUGCUGAGCACCUGUGUUACCCCAACACCUGGCCCGUCCGCCUUCCCUCUCCAGUCAUUCCUCAUACAGCUGCCUGGUGGAGGGACAGCCAUCCUUACCAACCCAACCAACUCUCAGCUAAUCCCAGUGUGUGCACUUCCCGCCAUGACGAGUUCCACCGUGACACCCACCACUGCCUUCCUCCUACAGAGGACUACUCCCUACACCCCUGCUGCUCCCAAGCCCCCCUCUGCUUCUGCCCUCUUAUCUCAUUUCGCUGCCAUACCCACAACCACGACUACACCCACUGACACACCAGCUGCCACAACGUCCCACAUGACCACACCCAUAACCACACCCACAUGCAGGGCCACAACCACACCCUGGGCCACAACCAUAACCACACCCACAUGCAGGGCCACAACCACACCCUGGGCCACAACUGUAACCACACCCACAUGCAGGCCCACACCCAGGGCCACAACCGUAACCACACCCAGGGCCACAACCGUAACCACACCCAGGGCCACAACCGUAACCACACCCAGGGCCACAACCGUAACAACACCCAGGGCCACAACCGUAACCACACCCAGGGCCACAACCGUAACCACACCCAGGGCCACAACCGUAACCACACCCAGGGCCACAACCGUAACCACACCCAGGGCCACAACCGUAACCACACCCAGGGCCACAACCGUAACCACACCCAGGGCCGUAACCACACCCAGGGCCACAACCAUAACCACACCCACACGCAGGGCCACAACCACACUCUGUGCCACACCCAAUGUCUCCCACCCUGGAGCCACUGGGACAGUCAGCAGGCCCAGCUCCGGUGUGUCUGUCUCCGUCUGUGAGUCCAUUCGGCUUGUGUCUGUGACGAACUCCACUUCAACUUCAUCCUUGCCAAGAUUCUCAAUGCCAGCCACCACAGGCACUCAACCCUCUGUGCGACCAGCUGCCUCUGUGCAUCAAGCUGCCUCAGUACAACUAGCUGCCCCUGUACCACAUGUGCCUGCGAAAACAGGUAGUGAAUCUACAAACCCUCCUUCAGACUCCACACAGGCAUCUCAUCCUGCCAAAUCAGAAGCAUUCAUAGACCUGACGGAGGAGGAGGAGGAGGAGGAGGAUGAUGAUGAUGAUGAUGUUCUAGUUACUGGAGUGCUGAAGGCUCCGAUGGCUUUGAAGGCCUCACCCUCGCCUUCAACAGCGGGUCAGCGAACAACAGCCACACAGCAAACCUCCACUUCAGUCGGCACACAGGCCGUGAGGUCAUCUCUUGGUCAGACUUCAGCUGUUGGGUCUCCGCAUGCUGUUUAUCAUCGCCCCCUGCAGGGCUCCCCAUCUAAAAGUGUUGCCUCGGCAACAUCCACUUCUUCAUCUUCCACACCUUGCCCCCAGCCCUCUCCCCUUCCCCCCUUGCCUGUCCCACCUCAAACUAUCAGCCUGCCCCUCGAAGCGGCCAGCACCAGCCCUCCACAGCAGCCUCUGCUCAAAAUAACCCGUGUUCCGAGCCAGAAUGACGGCAUCGUGCUCUCCUGGUCUGUGACUGAGGUAGACAGGAGCUGUGCUGCCGUGGACAGCUACCACCUGUACGCCUACCACCAGGACCACUCUGGCCCCAGCACACACCCCCUACUCUGGAAGAAGAUCGGGGAGGUGAAGGCCUUGGCUUUGCCCAUGGCCUGUACACUCACACAGUUUGUCUCUGGCUCCAAGUACUACUUUGCAGUCCGUGCCAGGGACGUGUUUGGUCGCUUUGGACCGUUCUGUGAGCCUCAGUGCACUGACGUCUUAACGUCCCCUUCACCGAAAGCUCCAAUUUAACCACACGCUAAGAAUUAAGUUAAAAUGUAUUGUGUCAAGUUAAAACAAGAGGAGAAAUGUUGAUUCUGUAGAUUUUUUUUUUCUGGUUACUUAGAAAGCCAAAGUGAAGAGUUCAGUAAAGCUUCUGGCAAAACGAAUUGCUCUGUUUUCAAA